AUCUACAACAACAUAGCUCAAAAGGAAAAACUCAAAGCAAAAACUUUUUAAGUUUUUUGGACUCUUCUUUGUUUUUGUUUCGUUUGCUUUGCAAAGAAAAACAUAGAAAACAGAAAAAAACGAGAAUUUUUACGCCGCCCGUCGGUGUGAGCGAGACAGACAGAGACAGAGAGAGGGAGAUAAAGCGACUGCGCAAAUAAAAAAAGAAAACAAAACAACAAGCAACAUAAAAAACAAGCCAAGCUUGAAACGAAGACUUUCAAAUAAAACAACAACAAAACCAACAACAAACCAAACAAAUUGAAACGCUGUGAAAUUAACUCGUCAAUACUCAAAAGCACCAACAAAUAAAUAAUAAAAAGAAAAGCCAAAACAAAAUAAAAGGCAACCCACGAAGGAGCAAGUAAAGCGGAGUUUAACAAGAAAACGGCAAAAGCACUGAAAACAAAAAAGCAACGGAAAACGAAACUAACGUGAAAUAAAAGGCAACGGCGCUGCGGCGUUCGGACUCUCGAAUAAAGAAAAAAAAACAAUUCAAGCAAAACCGCAAAAAACACACUUGGAAAAACGCUAAAUAAAUCCCAAAAUUCCUCAUUAUUUUUCCUGAAAAGCUUUAAUUUAAUUACGAAUUUUUUGUUGUUAAGUCAGAGUGAAUUCAAUUUGCUAAUUAAUUUUAAUUAAGACAACAACAUCCGAGCUACAAAAGCAGCAGCAACAACAACAAACAAACAACAACCAACAAACAACUGAAUUAAUGUUUUAAAGUACAAAAUAACCGGGAGUAAAUCAACAACAAAUAAUUUAAACAUAUUAAAAACGAUAUAAUUUAAAACGCAACAUCAAUCUAAAUUAUUUAACUAAACAUAAAAAAAACACUGCUAGAAUAUAAGUCGAUAACUGAUAAAAGCCCAAAAGGGCGAAAGAGAAGUGAGAGACAGAGCGAUAAACGGAGGAAGAAGCAAGGAGAGCUGAAUAAAACCGAUGAAGCAACAAUUGUGCCGCAAAAAAGUGUGAAUAAAAAAAUAUAUACUAAAAAAAAUAACGGUAACAAUAAAGAAAACAUUUAAAACCAAAAAUCUACAAGAAUUCUAUGUUUUAAGUCACGUUUUACACAGACCUACAACAACAACACCAGCAAUUUAACUUAGCCAAUAAAUUUAAUAAAAAAAAAAAACAAUAAAUUAGUGAAAAGAAAAAUAAACGGAUUAAGAAAAUAUAUAUAGAGAACGCAUAACAAAUUCAAAACUGCGGCCUUGUGCCAAAACAACAGUUUUUAUUUUUUUCCAAUAAAGCAUUGUUUUUUACUGGUUUUCAAUUCAGUUUUUUUUAUAAGUGUACCUAGUGAGAAAUGUUAAAAGUCUAAAACAGCAAAAGCAACUGCAACAAACGGAAGUAAAACGGAGAAAAAAAAAACAAAACAAAUUCAAAGAAAGAUUUAACAACUCUGUGAUAAUUACUGUAAAUUUAUAAAUUUAAAUAAACAAAAAGGAAAAACGCAAAGAAAAACCACAAAAAAAAUCUCUAAUGAAAUGAAAGGAAAACCCCGUAAUUUUUAACAAUAGGCGAAAAAGAAGAAGAAGAAGGAGCGAAAGAGGAGCAGAAAGCAGAAAAACAUCUUAAACCAACAACAACUUUACACUUAAGAGCAAAUGCAAAUGAAAAGAUAAAAAACAUUGAAACAAAUUCGUGAUAUCUUAAAGGACUUCGAUACAUAUAUACUAUAGUAUAUUAUAUAUUAUAUUAUAUAAACUAUUAAACUAAGCUUAAAUCUAGUGAGCGUCAACCGAGAAAACAAAAACAAAACAAAGGAAUAAGUGAAUAAAUAACAAAACCAACCAACACAAAGCAAAAAUAAAAACCCUAGGUUAUGAAAAGACUUCAAAACGCAUUCAAAAUAUAUAUAUAUUUAAACAAAACAAAAUAAAUCGUAGACUUAAAGUUCAACAUAGUAAAUGAGCGAGGAUAACUUUACAUAACGGGUGUCCUAUAUCUAUUAUAUACAUAUAUAAAAAGAAAAACAAAAAAAAAACCUUAAAACUCAUAAUUUUUGCUUAGUGAAUAGUAAAUGAAACAGCAAUAAAACAGCAACAAAAACAAAAAAACAAAUUAUACAAAUCGUGCAACCGAAAAGUAAUAGCAACGUACAGCGAAACAAAAUAGAAAAUCGACACAGAAAGAAAGUAAGAGAGAUAGAAAGUGAGGAACCGGAAACGGAAGUCCCGAGAAGAGGAAGAAGGAGAUUUAAACCUCGUCCCCCAAAAAUCAUCGUUGUACUAAAGGUAUUCGAAAGUAAAUAAAAAAAUCACUACUACUUCCUAUAAACCACAACGAUUGCCUACAAAAUAUAUAUUAUAUAUAUGUAUACUAAAUAGAAAACAAUAUAAUCAAGCAAAUCACACAAAAUAUUCAAAUAUCAAACAAAGCUAAUCUAACCCAAAAGUAAAAAGUAUUCCCAGUGUAUUUUUCUAGUAAAACUAAAGUAAAAAUAUAAAAAAAAAACUCAACCAAAAUCAUUUCAAACAAAAUGCAAUAAUUCAAUAAUAAUUCAAAACUCGAAAAAAAACAAAAAACACCAACGGCAGCAGCUGGUAUGCAUUUUCAUCGUGAAACCACAAUAUUUUGAAUACACAAAACAAGCAAACUUUAGAAAAGAAAAAACAAACUACAACAGACCCAGGAAGGAACUUCAAACUACCAAAACAAACCAACAACGUUACAAUAUUUGUCGGCAUUUUUUACAAGAAAUAAAAACACAAAACAACAAGGAACACAAAAAACAAACCAACAACAGCAAAGGAAAGCUAAGUAAAACAACCACAUUUUUUGCGGGGCAUGCCCUCAAAAAAAGACAAAAAUUUUUAUUAACUUCGAAGACAAGGAAUUUCAGUGCCUCUUGUGCCAGUGUUUAGCCAAAAUAUAUAUACACAAAAAACAAAACAAACAACAAAUAACAAAUACGUAUUUAUUGCUUAGUUUUUUCUCUUUGAUAUAAAACUACACCAAAAAAUUAAAAAAAAAAAACAACAUAAAAACAAAAUUUAACACAAGUGAGAUCAACAAAUCUGUUUUCGGUAAUUUUUCGCGCUUUCUUCAACUUUAACUCUCGUUCGAAUCGUUCUCGUCAUUCGCAUCCAUUAUCGGUUGAUGGGAUUAAACCACCGACCACCCAAUAACAUCUAUAACAUCGCAAUCAACGUCGCCAAGAACCAGAACCAGUCUCCAAUUUGCUAGUCCUUAUCAGCAUUUCUCUUUGUUUGUUAAUAUCCAAUCAAAUCAAUCAAUCAAACAUGAAUACCCAAUCGAAGGUGUACCGCAUCGGCGAAGAAAUCUAUGACAACUUGCCAGGCGAUAAUUAUUUCAACAUGAAUGCCAUUCGCAACCUGGGAAUCCCAACCACGUUUCCGACCAUUGGAACCUUUACGCUUGACUCUACUACAUUGGGACUGCAGCCGCAAGGUCAGGGACCGUCGCCCCAGCAGCAGCAGCAGCAACAUCAACAACAGCAGCAGCAGCAGCAUCAGCAGCAGCAACAUCAGCAGCAGCAGAAUAUGCAUCACCAUCAACAUCAGCAGCAACAUAUGCAACAGCAGCAGCAGCAGCAACAACAUCAGCAGCAACAUCAACAGCAGCAGCAGCAACAUCAACAGCAGCAGCAACAUCAGCAGCAGCAGCAGCAACAACAGCAUCCGACCAUUGGAAUGUUUGAUGCCAACGAGGUUAACGAUGUCAUCCAGAAUCCUCCCCAAAUCGGGGUGUUCCAGUCUAACAGCGUUCUGACCAACGGAACUGGCAGUGGCUCGUCCAUUUUUGGCUCGCAAUCGAGCAAUUCAUCGGCCGCUGCUGCAGAUCCCAGCCAGACCACCCGGGAGACUGGCAUCAUUGAAAAGUUGCUGCACUCCUAUGGAUUCAUUCAGUGCUGUGAGAGGCAGGCGCGUCUCUUCUUUCAUUUUUCGCAAUUCAGCGGUAAUAUUGAUCAUUUGAAAAUUGGAGAUCCCGUGGAGUUUGAGAUGACCUAUGAUCGCCGCACCGGCAAGCCGAUAGCUAGUCAAGUAUCUAAAAUAGCCCCAGAGGUUGUUCUCUCCGAGGAGCGGGUCACCGGCACGGUGACCACCGAGCUGCGCACAGAUAGCGCCAACAAUGUGCUCAACUCCAGCGAGACCACAGGUCGCAUAAGCUAUGAGAACCGAGGCGAAUGCUUCUUUUUACCCUAUACCAAAGACGAUGUGGAAGGUAAUGUCAACUUGCGCGCUGGCGACAAGGUCAGCUUCCAAAUCGCAACGAACCAAAGAGGUAAUCUAGGCGCUUGCCAUAUUCGCCUGGAAAAUCCGGCCCAGCCGGUUAAGUAUCGUGGGGUUGUCUGCUCGAUGAAGGAAUCGUUUGGCUUUAUCGAACGUGCCGAUGUGGUCAAAGAGAUUUUCUUCCACUUCUCGGAGGCGGAGGGCAAUGUGGAGCUGCGUCCCGGUGACGAUGUCGAGUUCACCAUCCAGACGCGGAGCGUAAGUGGCAGCGGCGAUCCAACCAAUCCCAACCUCCUCCAAUCGAAAAUGCAGUCUGCAUCUGUGCCUCCGCAGGGCCGUGAAUUUGCGUGCAACAUCACGCGCCUAGCUCCGGGAUCAGUGAUCUUCGAGGACGUGGACAGCACGGUGUAUAAGGGCCAGGUGCUUAAGUCGCUUGAUCGCAAUAACCCGGUGCGCCAGAACAACGAUCCCUUGCCGGGUCGCAUCCGUUAUAGGGCAUUGGAUUACUCCGAGGUCGAGGUUCCGUUCGGGGACAAGGAUCAAAAGGGUGACUUCACCCUGCGCCACGGCGAUUGGGUGCAGUUCCUACUAGCCACGGAUAGGCGUGAUCAAUUGCAGCGGGCCACCUCGAUUGCUCUGUUGGAUGAGACCUUCAAGGUAUCCGGCGAGAAGCGAGAGCAGGGCACCAUCGCCUCUCUCAAGGAGGGCUUUGGCUUCCUGCGCUGCGUAGAGCGUCAGGCCCGUUUAUUUUUCCACUUUACUGAAGUUUUAGAUACGAGCCGUGAAAUCGAUAUCAACGAUGAGGUAGAAUUCACUGUCAUUCAGGAGCCUGGAUUGGCCUAUAAUAACUCGCGUUUGCAGGCCAUACGCAUUAAACACUUGCCGCCCAACUCAGUGCAAUUUGAAACUCUAGUGGCCAGCAACAUAGAGGGAUGUGUAACUCGCGAGGCGCCCAAGAGCCCAAUUAAAUCUCAAGAUCGCGUCGAGGGCGGUGUGAUUACCUACGAGCAUGCCGAUGUUAAAAAGACUAUUAUGUAUUUUCUUAAAGACUGCGAAAAACCACCAAGGAUUGGGGAGCGCGUACGCUUCGAUAUUUACAUGGUCAAACGUAACAAGGAGUGUAUAGCCGUCAACGUACAGCAAGUAUCACUGCAUCAGCAGCAACAACAGCAGCAACAGCAGUUGCAUCUUAAUCAAUCGAAUGCUGGGGCAAAUAUCAACCAAAACGACCAGCUGGGAGGAUUGUCGAAUGGAAUCAGUAGCAGCAGCUCAAAUGCUUCGCUACAGAAUGGCUAUGUCAUGCACGGCAGCCCUGGUGGCAGCACCAGCAGCGUCGGCAGCAACAAUCCAGCUCAUCUGGAUGAGUUUAAGAUGGAGAACAACAACCAUGCCGGAUCCGAUGCCGGUCAGGUGUACCGUGGCUUCAUAGCCGUGAUGAAGGAGAAUUUUGGAUUCAUUGAGACUUUGUCCCACGACGAGGAGGUCUUCUUUCACUUUAGCAAUUAUAUGGGCAAUCCCAAUUGGUUGGAGCUGGGCCAGGAAGUGGAGUACACUCUCGCUCGGAACGGAAAUACAUCCGUUUCCGGAAACUGCCUGCCGGCGGAAAAUGUCCGUAUGCUGCCAAAGAACUCUAUUCCCCAGCCGGCUGUGCUGGAGACCACACACAAUGGCGUUGUUGCUCGUCCACUGCGCUGCAUCAAUCCCGACCAGCAGGAAUAUGCCGGUCUCAUUGAAAUCCUCGAUGAGCUACGUACCACAGUCAUUUCGCAACACGAGUUCGGGAUCACUAGUCUGGUGAACAAGAGGGAUCUGCUCCAGAAGGGCGAUCUCGUUAGCUUCCGCAUCGAUGAGAGUGGUCGAGCAGCAAACGUAAAUGCCGUAAGGCAGAAGAAACGUGCCACAGUGGACUCCAUCAAGGGUCAGUUUGGUUUUCUCAACUUUGAGGUGGAGGACGGCAAAAAGCUGUUCUUCCACAUGUCAGAGGUGCAGGGCAAUACUGUCGCUUUACAUCCAGGCGACACCGUGGAGUUCUCCGUGGUCACCAAUCAGCGCAAUGGAAAGUCUUCGGCUUGCAAUGUUCUGAAAAUAAACGAUCGUCCGGAUCGUCUGAUCUCGCGCCUUAAGCUCAACGGCGAUGACACUGUGCCGCGUCUAAUCCUCAUUCGCGCACCCAAGGGACCGCAGGGCAAAGGCUUUUCCGUUCUAGCCCGUCAUCCACGCAUUCCAGGCAACUUGGUGGAGUAGAUUGCUGAAGAUGUUGUAUAAGCAAGCCAGGAUAUUAGAUGCACAUCAAAGACAAUUACCUACAGCUAUAUAUAUUCUUGUACGCAAGCCAUAACCGAGCAGGCUACCAAUCAACAAACUAACAGCAACGUGAACUUGUCGCCCUUACCAUAUACACAAACAUUUAUAACGAAUAUAAUCCCUAGAACCAAGCAAACACUAUUGGAAAAGAUUGUAAUUCAUAAUAAUGGAUAGCAAAGGCAUACAUUUAAUAUUUACGAAACUACUUAACGGCAACUCAACAAGAGAGCUCUUCGUGUCUGAAAUCGAAACUUAUUUGUAAUAUUACCAACUAACCCCUCCACCAUUGUAACGCUUUGUUUGUAACUAGACGCAACGGUGAACCGAGUUGUGGCCAGUUUGAAACAAAAUGAAAUUGAAAUCCAAGUGUCUGAGAGAUAAAACCAAAACGUUUGUAUACGUAUACUAUUUUCUACUAGUUUGCUUUAAUUUUAACUAAUUAAAAAAACCAAUGCGAUAAGUGAGAACAAGGAAACAAGCAACAUAA